GGUUGCGUCAGUGAUUUGCAGGAAUAGCUGCAGAGACACACAGCUGCUACUGCACUCACUUCAUCUCACACAACGGCUUUGUUAGUUUCCGACUAUUUAAUCUGCAGAAAAUCACCUGCAAUUCAUCACAACUAAAGAGGCAUUGCUAUUAUAAAGUACAUAAUAUCGUAAUUUUGGACUAAAGCAUGCAGGAACAGCUGAUUUCAAGCUUUUCCUCUGAAGACUCCAGUCUUCCAUCCACACCAACAUCUGACGCUCCAUCCAAACGUCUGUCCUGGAGCAGAUUGAUGCAGAAACUCCACAACAGCCAAAGUCUGGAUUCUGAGUCGGAUAACCACAGCAGCACAGACGACUCUUCAGACGCAGGUUCAAUAUCCCUGCCUGAUUUGUCCCAAUCCGACAUGUUUUUCGACCCCAUGGAAGAAGCGUUGUGUAAAGAAGUAGUGCAGCUCAUCGCACUUGACCUGACCGAAGCUAAAGACGGCGUCUUGCACUGCUCCAAACUCCUCAUACCCGAGAAACUUCUGGAGCACAUCGGCCAAGAGCUGAUGCAUCUGUCCGUCAGCGAGCCCUGCGGCCUGCGAGGGGCACUCAUCGACCUUUGCGUGGAGCAGGGGGGCAGUUGUGAGGCUGCGGGGCAGAUAGCGGUUGACCCUUAUCUGGUGCCCACCUUUCAGCUGACGCUGGUGCUACGGCUGGACUCCCGAGGGAUCUGGCCGAAGAUCCAGGGGCUUUUCACGGGACGCUCGCCGGCGUCUCCGGUCAUUAGACGUGCACUUAAACUAAGCACUGGAUUUAGAGUUAUUAAACGAAAACUGUACAGCUCAGAAGAGCUUCUGAUAGAAGAAUGCUGAGACUGUCAAUCAUCUACGACUUAUAGUCGUUUGGUCUUUUGCCCAUAAGAGGCCUGAAGUUACAAUAGAGUUGUAUGACUGUUUAAAGCAGCACGUUUAAACUACCAAUCACUCCAUUAUCUACCAGGGCAUUUUCAAAUGGACUAGAGAGACCAUGUAUGGUAGUGUAUUCAUGAAAUGUUAAGGUUGCACUUAGGAGUUUGACUGCUUUUUGAAACAUUUACCUCCGGUUUCACUGAAACUAGAUGUGGCAGCUAUAUUACAUGCAACAAAUUUGUUUCUUUUAUGCAAGUGCCAGUUUGUUCAAAGAUGUUCAAAAGAGUGUCUGGAUGCAAUUAUAUGCCUUUUAGAUCAAAUGGAAGAGGUACUUUUAAUUUCCUGUCAAAUGCAUGUUCCAUGCAUACUAUUUAUUUGAUAUUCAAAUGCAAUGUGUACUGUUUUUGUACUUCCAUUUAAAGAAAUGAAGAAAAUAAAUUAUUUUUUUUUGAAGAAA